AGACUUGGACCGGUCAGAGCGUGAGAUUCAUGGCGCUAUAGCUUGUAACCAGACAGCCCUAUCCACUGCACAACCUGAACUUGCUCGCCUGAGUUCUCCACGGACGGAUUCUCUGGAGAUCUCAAAGUUUGAUCAGCAUCAACAUGUCGAUGAACGAUGACAUGGGUGAUAAUGGAAUGAUGAAUGAGUAUGACAAUGAUCUGGACAUGACAAAUGGCAUCACGCCGUCCUUGCAAAACAUCGUUGCGACAGUGAAUCUCAACUGCAGCUUGAACUUGAAGACUAUCACGCUUCAGGCCAGAAACGCCGAGUACAAUCCCAAGCGAUUUGCAGCAGUGAUCAUGCGAAUUCGAGAGCCUAAGACAACAGCGCUCAUCUUUGCCUCGGGGAAGAUGGUGUGCACAGGAGCCAAGAGCGAAGAGAGUGCAAGGUUAGCCUCCAGAAAAUUUGCUCGCAUCAUCCAGAAGCUUGGAUUCAGCGCCAAGUUCACAGAGUUCAAGAUACAGAACAUCGUGGGAUCGUGCGAUGUUCGCUUUCCCAUCCGCUUGGAGAAGCUUGCAUAUGCUCAUCAGAACUACUGCAGCUACGAGCCCGAGCUGUUCCCUGGUCUCAUCUACCGAAUGUUGGUACCCAAGGUUGUGCUCCUUAUCUUCGUCUCGGGGAAAAUUGUUCUUACGGGUGCCAAGAACAAGAGGGAUAUCGACAUUGCGUUCAGAACGAUUUACCACACGCUGCAUGAGUUCAAGAACGUCAGUGGAGGCGCGGCAGACGACGAUGCCUGAGGGGCCUGCCGUUCGGACAUGGUUCGAGCAAGGUGGAUGAAGCUAACCAGUGUGCAAUUGAAACAAGAGAAAUGAAUUGUGUAUUAUUACUGUUGAAAGAAGACACUUGUGUGUUGGUGAUUACACAGGUUUUGCUAAUUCAGUGCUGCGAGUGCAGAGCUGUGAUGCAAGUAAAAAAACUUUACUC